AUGUUUGCACCUCCGUUCCCUCCAGCAAGUGGAGGGCCACCUCAAGGACAGCCAGGCGCUCCGUUUCCCCCACAAAAUGUUAACGCGCAAAGUGCACAGUUUGGUGGCUAUCCGAAGUCAACAUACGAUCAGUCGCAAGGAUACAAUAACACUCAGCAGCCAGGAAACUUGGUGAAUCAUGCACAACAGUCUUACCCUCAAGCGAAACCGUUUCCUCCAGGCCCUCCUGCACCUCUGUCUCAACAACCUGGUGGACAUCCAACUAUGAAUGGUAUUCCUGGAGCGGGAGCACACUCUCAACCUCAAUAUAAUCAUCAAGCUCCAGCCAAUGGCUUUGCCCAACACUCGACUGCUAACUUUCAAGGCCAACAACAAGCUGCUUCAACAACUUCUCAAUCAAACGGGCCCGUACCACAAACGUCAGUCCAGUCUCGCCCUGCGCCUUUCCCGCCACAACCGAUGCAGUCGUUCCCAAGUUCAAAUCAAGCUUCACAACCAUCUUAUGGCAUAGGAGCACAGCAGAGUCACUCAUCUCCUGGUUACCCACAACCGAACGCGUUUCAGUCACCCCAAGCUCCUCAGCAGCAAGCAGCAGGUCCUCAGCAAACUCCUAGUGGAGCUUUUCCUCCGAAUAUUCCUUCUUCCACAAGUAGCCACGGCCCUACAGGUUUUCCUGGUGCAGGAGGAGUUCCACCACAGAACGCUGGGUUUGCUGCUCCAGGUCCAGCUAUGAGCAAUCAGUCUCAUUUCGGAGGUGGUCCUCCUAGUAUGCCUGGAAGUGGUCCUCGUGGUGUACCCGGGACAGCACCACCUGGUAUGCCCGGUGUUGGUCCUCCUGGUAUGCCCGGUAUGGGUCAUCCAGGUAUGCCUAGUUCCGGGCAUCCAGGUAUGCCAACUGCCGGUCCUGGUAUGCCGGGUGCGGGUCCUCCUGGUAUGCCAGGUGGUCCUCCUGGUAUGUCAGGUAUGCCAGGUGGUCCUCCUGGUAUGCCUAGUAUGCCAGGUGCUGCACCUCCUGGAAUGCCAGGUGCUGGUCCUCCUGGUAUGCCUGGUAUGCCAGGUGGUGGUCCUCCUGGUAUGCCCGGUGCUGGUCAGCCUGGUAUGCCCGGAACUGGUCCUCCUGGCAUGCUUGGAGCAGGUCCACCCGGAAUGCCUGGAUUUCCUCAAGGACCUGGCAUGCCAGGUGGUCCUUCCAUGCAGUCUCGUCAGCCGCAACCUCAGCAGCGCCUCGAUCCGAACAUGAUGCCAAGUGCGGUCGAAGUAAUGGAGAUAGACUCAGCCCAAGCUGGACAAUUCCCUACAGGGUACCCUCAUGCGAAUCCUCCUCCUCUUUCUUAUACUACAGAUUCUUCUUAUAGCAGUCGAUCAACGCUUAUGAGAUCCACAAUGUAUAUGGCGCCCGCUUCGAAUGAUUUGCUUAAAACAUCACAGAUUCCAUUUGCUGUGGCAUGUUCACCGUUUGCAACCCUUCAUCCACAGGAGCGUCCCGCUCCCAUCAUUGAUCUUGGACCAGGCGGACCUGUUCGCUGUCAGCGUUGUAAAGCGUAUAUGUGCCCUUUCAUGGAAUUCCAAGAUGGUGGUCGUCGUUUCCGCUGUCCAUUUUGUCAUGCCUCUACUCCAGUGGAGGACGUCUAUUUCGCUCACCUUGACCACACUGGUCGUCGAACCGACAUCGAUCAUCGCCCAGAGUUGUUCUUAGGAGCUUACGAAUUCAUUGCUACCAAACAGUAUUGUAAGAACGGCCUACCUCCCAAAGAGCCAGCAUUUAUUUUCAUGAUUGAUGUUUCAUAUAAUGCAAUACAAAAUGGGAUGCUACAUGUGAUCUGUUCAAAUCUUGAAAGGAUUUUGCAACGCUUGCCUAAAGAACUAGGUGCUUCUGAAUCAGUUAUACAUGUGGGACUCGCUACCUUCGAUCAAGUGGUGCAUUUCUUUGAUUUAUCAGCUGCACAGCCUUCGAUGAUGGUUGUAGGAGAUGUUGACGACAUGUUCGUUCCAAUUGUCGAUGGCCUUCUUAUGCCAUAUACACAAGCAGCGCCUUCAAUUCGAGCAGUUCUUGCUGAAAUUCCUCGUUUGUUUGCGCCAUCUAGAAUAACGGAGACAAUAUUAGGGCCUGUCGUGCAGGCUGGAUUGGAUGCACUUCAGUGUGCCGAUCGUGCUGGUAAAUUGAUGAUCUUCUCUACUUCAUUGCCUACUGUGGAAGCUCCAGGGAAGUUGAAGGCAAGAAAUGAAAGGAAUUUGCUGGGCACUGAUAAAGAAAAGGUCGAUUUUAUGUCAUUCCUAUGUUUCGACGUUGAAAACAUGGAACCCUCAUUUGAUCAGACCCACAAACUGUAA